CCGGCUACAUGUGGGGGAGAAACCUGCAGAGUGAAACCAAGCAGAGGACACAAACUACUUUUCUUUUUUACUGCACGGAGGAACUGCGCUGCUUUUCUCUUCUCUUGUCUUCUUUUCUGUUUUAAACCGAGCGGCUCGGCGCGUAGAAACUAGUGAAAGUUGGAUUCCUGAGUGGAAACGUGCAAGUGUGGACAGUGAGAAUUGUCUGAACCUCGAGGAAUAAUAACGCUGCUCUCUGAGCUUCUCGCUGAGAUUUGCGCAGGUUUGCGGAUAAAGUGGAUAAAGUGACGGAGGGAGAAACUUGAGCGUGACGCGGAGCGAAGCUGCGUCCCGGAGGUUUGGACAAAUUCCUUAUGGGAGCUAUGGAAAGAAUGGAAAUGGCAGGAAAAGCGCAUUGAGCUUCCACAGACGUCCCACCAUCGAGUGCCGCCCUGUCCUGUCAUCAGACCUGGCAACCCCACUUCCUGUGAGCAGACGUGGCCACAUGUCCGUUCUGUUGUAGGUGGAACCACAGUGGAUCAGGUUGCAUUGGGAAAGAUGUGUUUUUAAACCAAAGCUGCUGGGAGAUCAGGAGGUGACAUGCCUCUGUGAAAGACCACUGGAAACAAAUGCUCUGCUGCCAUGCCUCCGGGGAUGGUACGUCGUCUUACAGUGUUGGCAGUCCACGCACUGCUGCUAGCCAUCGGCUGGCCAACAACUUCAUUACCCAAUGGUGUGGCCCAAGCGUCAGACUUCUCCCACUCUGAUCUUUAUCCCACCUUUAUCCGGAAUGACACUCUGUUUGAACACCUGGCCCUGCACCCUGACCCCAGCGUGGGUCGGGUCUACGUUGGAGCCCGAGAUCACCUGUUCCAGUUGGAUCGGUUCCUCCAACCUGAACUCCAGGAUGACACCGGACCGGUCACAGACAGCCGGGAGUGUUUGCCUCCUGUAACCGAGACCAACUGCCCCCAGGCCAGAGAAACCAGCAACCACAACAAGCUCCUGCUGGUUGAUCCGUACUCGAUGGAACUUAUUACCUGUGGGAGCGUCAACCAGGGAAUCUGCCAGAAACGUAGUCUGGACUCAGUGGAUAUAGUACUGUUCUCCACUGAGAGGCCGGUGGACACUCAGUACGUAGCAGCUAACCACCCCAACGUUAGCACUGUUGGGCUUGUGGUUCGCUCUCAUCCCGACAGGCAGCCGGUGCUGUUUGUGGGUCGGGGUUACACCAGCAGCCAUCCGCCUAUUUCCACACGAAACCUUGCACAGGAACCCGUCUUUUCCUACGAGGAGACGGCCAAGUUGGCCGUGGCUGGCCGCCUCUCUGAGUACGACCAUCAUUUUGUGGCCUCGUUUGCUCACCGUCAGCACGUUUACUUCCUCUUCUACAGGCGAGACCUGAAGUCGCAGUCGCGCGAGUAUCGUACCUACGUAUCUCGUGUGUGUUUGGAUGACCAGGCCUAUUACUCGUACGUGGAAGUACCCCUGACAUGUCGCUCCAGGGCGGGUAAAAUUUACAACCUUCUGCAAGCUGUCCAACUCGGGCUGUCCAAGGACGGUGGAGAGAGCCAAGGUUCAGAGAGUCUACUUGGUGUCUUCUCUACUCGUUUGGCUUCAUCAACUCGGCCCAGCGAAGACUCGGCUCUUUGCAUGUUUAGCCUUGAAGAUGUGGACCGACGGAUCAACUCCACCAGGGACCUGUGCUACACACAGAUGGGCAAAGAAGCUGGUCUGGAGGCGGCCUACAUCGAGUACGAGGUCAAGUCCAACUGUGCCAACCUGCCAGAGAACACCCUGGACGCCUACCCUUGCGGCUCCGACCACACCCCCAGCCCGAUGGCCAGUCGGAUCGCCGUGGAGGUUGAGACUAUCCUGGACAGCCCGUCCGCCCGUCUCACCGCCGUGGCCGUCAGCGUGAGGGCGGGACAUACCAUCGCCUUCCUGGGAGACUCCAAAGGGAACCUGCACAAGGUGUUCUUGGGACCAAACGGCGAGGUGGAGGAGUACUCUGUGAUCCCUGUCCAGCCCAACACCGCCAUCAGCUCAGACCUCAUCCUGGACCAGAAAGAGGAGCAUCUCUUCAUCAUGACCCACAACAUGCUGCAGAAGAGGCCGGUGGCCGAAUGCCAGCAGCACACCGACUGUCAGUCCUGCCUGCUGGCCCACGACCCGUACUGUGGCUGGUGUGUCCUGGAGGGAAGGUGUGUGCUGAAGUCCCAGUGCAGCCGUGGGAACCAGGCCGGUCAGUGGCUGUGGAGCUUUGACAUGGAGCAGCAGUGUCUGACCGUCCAGGACCUGAACCCGUCCAACGUCAGCAGGGAGGAGAGCAGGACGGUGUCUCUGUCCAUCCCAGGGCUGCCGGUGUUAGAAAAAGGUGAGUCCUACUCCUGCUUCUUCGAGGACAGCCACAGUCCCGCCACAGUCACCGACACCGGAGUCACCUGCCAUUCCCCCGACACCAGCAGAGUUCCCACGGUGCCUCCAGGACAGGAUUUUGUCACCGUCACCUUGUCUCUUCGUUUCGGCGACGUCACGGUCACGGGGAGGGGUUUCACCUUCUACGACUGCACGGCUGUUAAGCAGCUGUCUGGCAGCACGCCUUGCCGUGGUUGCGUUUUGAGCCGAUGGGGCUGCAACUGGUGCGUUCACCAGCACUCGUGCACCCACAAGCCCACCUGUGAGGAAGGCGUGGUCAUCUACAACCAACACUUUAAACUCCCCACCUCACCUCCUCCCACAACCAAAACUCUAAAAGUCGUCACGACAGCCGCCACCACCACGGUUGCCCGGACAACCACCACCACGGCAACCACCACGGCUCCUCCCACAACAACAACAACAACCACCACAACUAUUGCAACUACAACUACGACUGCAGCCCCUGUCACUGUAGCAACCACCCAGGAGCCCACCACCCGUCCAGCACCCACCACCCCACCCGUGACCACCACCAGCCCCGAGCCAACCACCCCGCCCACCACCCUGCCGCCUCGGCCCGCCAGCACCCUGCCACCCAGCACAGCAGCACCCACCACGCCUCCACCCCCGGAGGUCGUCACCAGGAAGCAGGAGGAGGCGGAAACAGACGAACUCGUCGUCGUCACCCAGAGUCACUCCGGAGAUGCUGCAGUGACGACCAGCAUCGCCGUGGCGGCGGCGGAGCUGAUGCCCGUCACCGUGGCGGACGGUCUGAGUGGAGAUCUGGACCCCGUGGUGCCGCUGAUGAUCCCAGACUCCUUCCCUCCAGAGGUGUUGACAGAGGCAACACCCAACGGCUCCCAGGAAGCCGAGGGAGCCGUGAGUCUGGCCGAGCCCCCCAGCCUCGGCUCGUCCGGCUUCCCUCUGCCCACACCUUUCCCUGUGGGCGAAGCGGCCGACUCCGAGCCCUCCCUUCCCCUGGACGUGUCCCCGACGCUGCUCCCCGCUCAGGACCCCCAGACCGAGGCAGGAAGCCCGGACGCCGACCCCGAGGUCCUCCUCUGGCCCAAAGAAGUGGAUGUCCACACCGAGGGUGGCGUCCAGUCAGAAAAUGACACGGCUACGUUUUCAGCCGCCACCGUGCUCUCAGGUGACGGGGAGGUCGACCACCCUCCCCCGUCCUACCCACACCUGCUGGAUACUGACUCAGAGCUGGACUACCAGUAUGAUCCGGCUGAUGCCUUCCUCCCGGGGGACGAGGGCUCCUACGUCAGCUGGGGCUCCUCAGCGUGUCCCUGUGUGGAGAAGGUCCAGGGUUCAUCACUGCUGCCCGUCAGGGUGGAGAGGAAGAUCACUCUGCUGGCUCGCAACCUGCACUUAUAUCAG